AUUCACACCCCACACUCACCACUCCUCACCCAUUACACAUUUCCUACUAACUAUAUUAAAAAAAUAUCCCACUAUAAACUAACACUCAUUAAAUUAAUAAGUCAAUUCAAAUAUCUUAAACUCCGCACCGGUCAAAUCGGUGCGAGUAUUAAGGGACGGAGGGAGUAUUAUAGAGUGUAAAUAACUUUCAUGAAUGGAGGGAGUAAAAAAUUGUUUUACUUGGCUAAAAUACUUUUGUUCUUAUUGGCAGAUAAACAUGAGUCCAUUAUUGGCCAACUUGAACAUAUACCUCCAAACAAUAAUCAAUAAUGUCGAUUAUGAAGUUUGUGAAUGCAAUUUAUUAUCACUUUCAUUGCAAGUUGUCAUCUGUGCUGAGUGUUGAUUUAUAAAAAGGACUACUUGAUUAACACAUACAAUAUUACUCCACCUUUCUCCAGACAACCUUUCUUUUCUGCUUUUAUCUUGUUUUCUCAUCUUAAUUCAUCUCUUCAUCUUUCUGAAAAACCCAACCCAAUGGCUGAAAUCGGAUACUCGGUUUGUUCAAAACUUAUUGAAGUGAUGGGCAGUAAGAUCAUUAAAGAGAUUUGCGACAUGUGGGGUUACAAUUCUCAUCUUGAAGACCUCAACAAAUCUGUCUUGACGAUCAAGGAUGUGCUCUUGGAUGCUGAGGCGAAGCGGGAUCUUUCCCGUGAACAACAGAGUUACAUUGCAGAACUUAAGGAUGUUGUUUACGAUGCUGAUGAUUUGUUCGAUGAGUUCCUCACUCUUGCUGAGCUCAAACAGAUUGAUGGCAACAACAAGGGUGGUGGUAAAUUCUCCAAAAAGGUACGUCGUUUCUUUUCUUCUAAUAAGGAGAAGAUGGGUCAAGCUUACAAGAUGUCUCAUAUGGUUAAAGAAAUUAAGAAGCAGUUGGGUGAAAUUGUUGAUAGGUAUACCAAAUUUGGGUUUAUUGUUGAUUAUAAACCUAUUAUUAGGAGAAGGGAGGAAACAUGUUCUUAUUUUGUAGGUGCCAAGGAGAUUGUUGGGAGGGAUAAGGAUAAAGAUGUUAUCAUAGGCAUGUUGCUAGAUCAUGAUAACGAUUGUAGUUUCUUGGCUGUUGUGGGGGUUGGAGGGGUGGGAAAAACUACUCUUGCCCAACUUGUGUAUAAUGAUGAAAGAGUCAAAAGUGAGUUCCAAGAUUUGAGGUAUUGGGUUUGUGUCUCUGAUCAAGAUGGGGGACAAUUUGAUGACAAAAGAAUUCUUUGUAAGAUUAUAGAGUUAGUUACGGGCCAGAUUCCUCCGAGUAACGAGAGCAUGGAAUCGGUGCGUAAGAAAUUUCAAGAGGAAUUAGGAGGAAAGAAGUACUUCCUUGUUCUUGAUGAUGUAUGGAACGAGGAUCGCCAGAAGUGGCUUCAUCUAGAAAAUUUCUUGAAAUUGGGUCAAGGGGGAAGCAAGAUUGUGGUAACCACACGUUCAGAGAAGACGGCAAAUGUUAUAGGGAAAAGACAAGACUAUAAACUAGAAUGUUUGUCAGCAGAGGAUUCAUGGCGCUUAUUUGAAAUGUCAGCUUUUGACGAAGGGCAUGGCCAGGAAAACUAUGACGAAUUAGUGACGAUUGGCAAGAAGAUUGUUGAAAAAUGUUAUAACAAUCCACUUGCUAUAACAGUGGUAGGAAGCCUUCUUUUUGGACAAGAGAUAAAUAAGUGGCGGUCGUUUGAAAGCAGUGGAUUAGCCCAAAUUGCCAAUGGUGAUAAUCAGAUUUUCCCGAUAUUAAAGCUCAGUUACCACAAUCUUCCACACUCCUUGAAGAGCUGCUUUAGCUAUUGUGCAGUGUUUCCCAAAGAUUAUGAAAUAAAGAAGGAGAUGUUGAUUGAUCUUUGGAUAGCACAAGGAUACAUUAUACCGUUGGAUGGAGGUCAAAGUAUAGAAGAUGCUGCCGAGGAACAUUUUGUAAUUUUGUUAAGAAGAUGUUUCUUUCAAGAUGUAAAGAAGGAUUCUCUUGGUAAUGUUGAUUAUGUUAAAAUCCACGACUUAAUGCACGAUGUCGCUCAAGAAGUGGGGAAGGAGGAAAUCUGUGUAGUGACUUCAGGUACAAAGAAGUUGGCUGAUAAAAUCCGUCACGUGGGUUGUGUUGUCGAUAGAGAUCCAGAAAUAGUCUUUUUAUGUAGCAAUAAGAUUCGUUCGUAUAUUAGCGGUCGCUGCAUAAAGAAUCCGGUGGAUUCACAAAUAGACAACUGGAUGUGCCUUAGGGUGUUGGACUUGUCAGAUUCAUGUGUUAAAGAUUUGUCUGAUUCAAUAGGUAAGCUGCUGCACUUAAGGUAUCUUAACCUCUCUUCUAAUAUAAAGUUGGAGAUAAUCCCUGAUGCAAUUACAAGACUGCAUAACUUGCAGACACUACUUUUAGAAGAUUGCAGAAGUUUAAAGGAGUUGCCAAAAGAUUUUUGCAAAUUGGUCAAACUGAGGCACUUGGAAUUACAGGGUUGUCAUGAUUUGAUUGGUAUGUCAUUUGGAAUGGAUAAGCUAACUAGUCUUAGAAUACUACCAAACAUUGUGGUGGGUAGGAAGGAACAAAGUGUUGAUGAUGAGCUGAAAGCCCUAAAAGGCCUCACCGAGAUAAAAGGCUCCAUUGAUAUCACAAUCUAUUCAAAAUAUAGAAGAGUUGAAGGCAUGAAUGGCACAGGAGGAGGAGCUGGGUAUUUGAAGAGCAUGAAACAUCUCACGGGGGUUAAUAUUACAUUUGAUGAAGGUGGAUGUGUUAACCCUGAAGCUGUGUAUUUGAAGAGCAUGAAACAUCUCACGAGGGUUAUUAUUAUAUUUGAUUAUAAAGGUGGAUGUGUUAACCCUGAAGCUGUGUUGGCAACCCUAGAGCCACCUUCAAAUAUCAAGAGGUUAGAGAUGUGGCAUUACAGUGGUACAACAAUUCCAGUAUGGGGAAGAGCAGAGAUUAAUUGGGCAAUCUCCCUCUCACAUCUUGUCGACAUCACGCUUGAAGAUUGUUACAAUUUGCAGGAGAUGCCAGUGCUGAGUAAACUGCCUCAUUUGAAAUCACUGGAACUUACAGAGUUGGAUAACUUAGAGUACAUGGAGAGUAGAAGCAGCAGCAGUAGCAGUGACACAGAAGCAGCAACACCAGAAUUACCAACAUUCUUCCCUUCCCUUGAAAAACUUACACUUUGGCGUCUGGACAAGUUGAAGGGUUUUGGGAACAGGAGAUCGAGUAGUUUUCCCCGCCUCUCUAAAUUGGAAAUCUGGAAAUGUCCAGAUCUAACGUCAUUUCCUUCUUGUCCAAGCCUUGAAGAGUUGGAAUUGAAAGAAAACAAUGAAGCGUUGCAAAUAAUAGUAAAAAUAACAACAACAAGAGGUAAAGAAGAAAAAGAAGAAGACAAGAAUGCUGGUGUUGGAAAUUCACAAGAUGAUGACAAUGUCAAAUUAUGGAAGGUGGAAAUAGACAAUCUGGGUUAUCUCAAAUCACUGCCCACAAAUUGUCUGACUCACCUCGACCUUACAAUAAGUGAUUCCAAGGAGGGGGAGGGUGAAUGGGAAGUUGGGGAUGCAUUUCAGAAGUGUGUAUCUUCUUUGAGAAGCCUCACCAUAAUCGGAAAUCACGGAAUAAAUAAAGUGAAGAGACUGUCUGGAAGAACAGGGUUGGAGCAUUUCACUCUGUUGGAAUCACUCAAACUUUCAGAUAUAGAAGACCAGGAAGAUGAGGGCGAAGACAACAUCAUAUUCUGGAAAUCCUUUCCUCAAAACCUCCGCAGUUUGAGAAUUAAAGACUCUGACAAAAUGACAAGUUUGCCCAUGGGGAUGCAGUACUUAACCUCCCUCCAAACCCUCUAUCUACACCAUUGUUAUGAAUUGAAUUCCCUUCCAGAAUGGAUAAGCAGCUUAUCAUCUCUUCAAUACCUGCGCAUAUACUACUGUCCAGCCCUGAAAUCACUACCAGAAGCAAUGCGGAACCUCACCUCCCUUCAGACACUUGGGAUAUCGGAUUGUCCAGACCUAGUUAAAAGAUGCAGAAAACCCAACGGCAAGGACUAUCCCAAAAUUCAACACAUCCCCAAAAUUAUUAUAUGGUAGUAAUUCUCAUUUACUCAACACUAGCUUGAUCCUGAACGCAGCCAACCUUCAGUCAGAACAUGGAUUGGUGCAAGCAUGGGAAUAUGCUAACACUCUACCAAAUCGAUUGGAGUUUGGACUUAGUUUCACCAGAAGCCAUACCCGGACACUUACUGGGGACUGUCAACAAAGCCGCAUUGUGAUGUACUUGGAUGUUUCACGUGCCUGAGGUGCGAGUUACUUGGAAGGGAAGCGGUUUAUUUAAUUGUUUUCCCAAGUAGAUUUUGCUUACAAGCUUUUACUUUUCACUUGAAAGGGUUUUUCUUGUUUUAAGCUUUUCGAAUUAGAGUUUUCGGUUGCAUUAAGAGUAGUCGUAUUAGUCUUUUACCUAAGGAAGACUCUUUUUUGUAAUUUUCAGACUAUGCAAUUCAAGUUUUCGAGUGUUUUCUUGCUUGUGUGAUUGUGAGUUGGUGAAUUCGUCUUUCAUACAUUUUGAGAUUAUCAGAAGCUUUUAUGCUCCACCGGUAGUCUAGUACCUUUUCUGUUACUGUGCAGGGAAGUAAUCUGGUACCUUCUAUAUAUAUGGAAAAACAUACAUUAUACAUUAUGCAAAAUUCUUACAGGUUAGUUACUUCCUGGAACUUCAUUUACACUUAGUUUUUUUUGUUCCAUUCCCUCGGAAUCAAGUCAUUCCCUCUGAGAAAUAUGUAAUGAACUUCUGUAUGUUGCUGUUUGGUUCCUGUUUUAAUCUUCAAUUUUCUUGUAUAGUUACAGCUGCAUUUACAAUGAAGUUUAAGCAGACACUCUCUUUAUAUAGUGCCUCUUUCUGGAGCACCGUAGAGCUGUCUGUGGUUGAUCACCAUCUGCUGCCGAGAGAUUCAGCAAUCGCGUGUUUGAUCAGAUUACAGAGAUGUAUGCUUCAGUCGACAUUGAUGAUAACUUAAGAUGGCAUUCCUACAACAGUUGCAGGCGCAUUCUAACUCCGGCAAUUCUAGUUAGGCAAGAGGAGCAUUGCCAAUACCUGCCACCUCUGGGAUUUACUAUACCAGGGUUGAAGUUUAUGGAAGACACCAGCUAUGCACAAGCCUUCAAGGGGUCAUCCUACAUAACAAGUUGAACCAACCAAUUGCUUGUUGGUUCAGUGGUAAUUGGAGCUGAAUUUGGUAGGGAUGACCCGUGUUCGAUCCCCACAACAACAAUUGGGAGGGGACUGGAACCUAUCCACACAGAACUCGCCCUGAAUCCGGAUUAGCCCUAAGGGUGAACGGGGUGCUAACACCAAAAAAAAAAACAUAACAAGUUGAACCAAACAUACUUUGUUUGAAUUGAAGAUUUAGUGAUUUCAUUUGAUCGAUUGAGAUGUCUUAUUAUAAGCGUAUAUGCUCUUGGAUUUGGCCACUUAGGUGUUGUUUGACAAUUGGUCAUUAACUCGCUUUUAUAUUUUCUUUUCUCUUAGGAAAGGUGAUCCUGAGAAUUUAUAUUGGAACACUUUUUUUUUCUCACUAGCUUUAAAAAAGUGUUCUGUGUUA